AUGUUGCUGCUGCUCCUCUGGGGGGCUGCCACCAGCAGGUGUCUGUAGGACGAGACACAGACGUCGAGCCUUCUCAGGCCCGCUUUCUCCCAGCCUCCCCCAGACUGCCACUCUUCCUCCCUCACCCUCCCUGGCUCCCAGCAUCCUUAACCCCUCCGCAUCCAGACCCGCCAUAUUGGAGAUCCUGUAUGAGGAGCUUGGGAUUCUGAGGGAGACGGGGUGAGAGGGUGAUCCCAAGCCCUGGCGGCAGGGAGAGAGGCGGUUCAGUGGCUCCAGGGUGUCCUAGCAAUCCCUCUAAGGCAAGGACCCCUGCCUCUGAGUCGAAAUCACGCACGGUACUGCCAUGCUGUCUGGGGAGACCCAGACACCCCACACUACCACAGGUGCAGCCUCUUGAAACCAGAAUACCAAGGAGAGAGUUGCUUAGGGGGGAAGAUGUCACAUUUCACUCCCUGCCACAUCUCUGAUGCCCAUCUCUGUGGUUAUGCCUUGUGGCCAGAGAAGGAACUCCCACCACCAAUCCAGCCAGAUGGGCCUGGGGUCCAAAACACUGAUUUUUUUCUGUAUGUGUGGGUUGCCCACACUUCCAAGUGCCACCAAGAGCCCAGUCCCCUCCUUUCCGCCCCCACCUUGUCAUGGCCCAUCCGUAGCCCCCGCUGCCUGCUGCACUCAGAAGACAGGCCCCUUGCUGGAACCAUUGUCUACUGUGCCCAGCAUCUCACCAGCCCCAGCCUCGGCCACAGUGAUGUGGUCCUGGCCACACUCCAUGAACGGCUCCACGCCCUGGGUUUCUCUGGACAGCUCUUCAAGAAGUGGAGGGAUUGCCCUUCAGGUUUCUGUACUCAGAAAGGACUGUCUACAAAGCAACAAGUGACAAGGUGAGAUGCAUGGGGACAGCUGCUUCUCACCAGCCUGGCCAAACAGUUUGGACUGCUAUGGGUUUCACUGGGUGCUCCCUUGGAAGAAGAGCUACCGAGGGGCCCUUUGUCUUUACGCUGGGAGGCCUGACUACUCCAGGGCUGUAUAAUGACGGCUACCUACAAUGGCGCCCAGCACACUCGGCUUGACCCAAUCACUCUCACUGCCUUCAAAGUCUCAGCCUGGUACCACGUCAACCACAGCACUGCAGAGGAGCUGUUGUGGGGCCAGGGCUCCUCUAUCUUUCAAGCAGGCUCUGGCCUGGAAUUUGGCCUGGUGACCACUUGUGGGAAUGGCACCUCAGAUUUCUUCUGUACUGGCAGCGAACUGGGCUGCCACUACCUGUACCUGGACAAGGGAAGCUGCUCCUCAGACCUCAUGCUGGAAGGCUGCCGCAGGUACAGGCCCUUGGCCAACGGGACUGAAUGCUGGUAGGAGGAAAAUGGAUUCCCAUCUGGGGCAGAGAAUCCCCAUGGGGAGAUCUACCAUCAGCAGAGUUGUUGCUUCCUUGCCAACCUCACUUCACAGCUGCUUCCUGGGGACAAGAUCAGGCAUCCCUCUCAGAUCCCACACCUCAAGGAAGCAACCCCUGGCCACUGCUACUUACAUAAAUGCACGGAGAGGGGAGUGUACAAGGUGCAGGUGGAGGGAUCACCCUGGGUCCCACGCCUUCCAGGAAAGGCUAUUCAGAUACCUGGGAACAAUGGUCACCUCUUCUGUCCCCAGGGUCCAUGUUAGACUAAUGAAGGUACCGAUGCUAUCAGUAUUACUCACCUGCCUGUAAGUCUUUCGACUCAAGACCUGUUAUUCCAGCUGUCUUUACGAUUAGCUGCGCCCCCAGACCAUUCCCUGGAGAAGGAAUAGCAUGAAGACCUGCCUGAAGCAGUACUACAGGCUCUGGUGAGCCCUGGUGGAUCCAAAUGUCCAUUUGGGUGCUAUUUCCACAGCCUCUUGAUCAGCACUAGUCUGGUGUUCACUGUGUACAUGUGGAAAUCCCCUGGCUGCCAAGGGCCUCCAGUUGGUAUGCUGCACAGGGCCCUGACCCUGACUCUCCAGAAGAAACCUAGGAGUAUGUUCCUGGGCAUUAUUCCAGGCCAAAGAUUACCUCUGCAUUCCUAGGUUUCUAGUUACUCGGACCAUAAUCCUUCCAUGACCCAUCUAGGUCUGUCCAUGGGACUCUGCCUAGCGUGGCUUAUCCUGGUAAGUGUGCUGGGAACCGUGGCCUAACAAACAAGCUACAAGGUGGGACCUUCUGCCCCUGACCAUUCACCAGAUCUCCAAGGCGCAACAGGGGGCCCAGUUGGAGGAAUAAGGCAGAUGUGAUAUUACCCAGAGGAUGACA